UUGGAACUGUACCGCAUCCGUGCUGUGGGGACGUCGGGGACGCGGCGUGUGAAGGCUGAUACCACGACAACGACGACAUCCAUCGCUGCAAUACCUACGUGUCACCUGAGAGAGCCAGGACCUGCGAAAAACGACUACUGCACAGCCCGACUUUGUCCUCCUACAAACCCGGGACGAUCUCAUGCACUCUUCGACGUCGUCAGCACAAUUAACGUCGGACAGCGAUGAUCGAGGCCGUGCAAUUGUUCAAACGUUGUCCGUUGUGUUAGAGGGCAUGGUCCAUCCCGCAGACUCGAUUCCCGUGGGGUACUUGCAACGAACCAAGUUUGAAGCGUUGCGAGCUCCUCAAAUUUCCAUCCUGGACUACCUCGUCCGCAUUCACACGUACGCAUCAUGUAGCCCCGAAUGCUUUGUCCUGGCGCUGGUGUAUAUCGAUCGACUGCAUCAAAUGCAAGGUUUUGUCAUGACCGACCUGAACGUCCACCGGGUGAUCAUCACGAGCAUUGUCCUGGCCGCCAAGUUUUUCGACGACCACUACUUCAACAACGCGUACUACGCCAAAGUCGGCGGGGUGCCAUGCGCAGAAAUGAACGAGUUGGAAGUCGAGUUCCUCCUGCUCACCAACUUUACGCUCCACGUGUCCACCGACAUGUACUCACGAUACUACAACGAGCUCGCGAACCACUACAUGUUCUCGUCUCAAGGCAGUGCAGACAUCAAGCACUUUGUGAAACCCGACGCGAAUGGUCUGCUCGAGUACGUGACGGAAGAUGUGUCUGUGAUCUUGGACCAGGACAUGUGUUGCGUCGGAAGUGGCGCAGCCCCGUUGUCUUCGACCGCGAGUUGCUCCAGUCUCUCGUCCAGCGUUGGCUCUAGUUCUGGUGGCAGCAGCUUUGGCACUACCACGAACUGCAAAAAGAGGUCACGUACAUCGUCAGGACAAAAGCCAAGGAGGAGCGUCGUGAGCCCAUUGGGAGUGAACGCGUGAGCCGCGGACGCUUGUCGACCGAUCUCUUUCUUGUAUCAGUAAUCGUUAGCUUAAUAGUAUCAUAGGUUAGUUGCAACUCGCGUUGGC